UCUUUCUCAUGACGUCAUAGCUAAACCCUGGCUGGGCAGGAGGACAGGAAAAUGCGCAUAUCAGCUGCACUCGUUGAUGACGAAAAUUAUGUGAACAUGGCUGAGACUCGCUUCGUUGUGGAAUUUACGCCGCGCCCCAUACGAUUUCAACUGAGUUUGCCGAGUGACUCAAGCUGGGCUACAGUACAGAGCACGCUGCUGCAAGGCUGUGGCUUGUCCCCGACUGCGUCUGCCGUCCGCGUAACGUAUGCCGAUGACGAGGACGAGAGGGUGCUGCUUUCUUCGGAGCCCGAAAUGCAAGAAGCAAUCCGCAUCGCCGAAAUGAAAGGCAACGUACUUCAAGUGCAGAUCACAGAAGAAGAUGUGCAGUCGGUGAGCGAUGCGACGCAGCCGUUAAGUAGCCCCCACAACGGCAGCGUCUCUGGGGAGUUCGUGUUUGUUGGCGGAAACAACGCGUCGGAUACGCAGGCAGAGGCGUCUGUUGCACCAGCCAUCGCUUCAUCGGAGGCGUCGUCAGCCCUGCCUCGAGCCGACGCAGGCGACGGUGGUACAAGCCCACCAGCCUGGUUCGUCGACUUUGUGCGAUCGUUCAGGAACGAGCUCAAGGAUGAAGUUACGGCAGAGGUUUUCAAGCGGCUCGACGAGCGCAAGGUCGACAAGUGGACGGCGGCAGCCACCGCCGCAGAGGCAUUCCCGGACGCGCCGACGUGCGGUAAUUGCCGCUGCCAGGUUCAGGGAGUCCGCUACAGGUGCUGGAUUUGCCCGAAUUAUGACUUGUGUGAGGUGUGCGAAUCGCUGCCCAGCGUACACGACAGCUCUCACGCAAUGCUGAAAAUUCGCAAACCCGCUGGCUCUCAGCAGCAGAUCCCGCGUCGCAAGCGGUCCAACGGCUGCACCUUCCGGCCGAUACGCUCGCCAAAUCGCGCGUCCGCGAUCCGGGAAAUGAAGCAAGAGAUGAAAAUGCAGAAGCUUAUGAAGAAGCUCGAAAAGUAUAAUCUCAGGGACAGUAACAUCUACAGACUCCCUGGCGCGUCGUCAAGCUCCGAGAACUAUUUGAAUCCCGACGCCUAUGAUUCCGAGUUCGUCUGCGACGACACCAUCCCGGACUGGACUCACGUCCAACCGGGAACGCGCUUCACGAAGCGGUGGAAAGUGCGAAACUCGGGGAACAGAGCUUGGGACGAAAACAUCCUUCUGAAGUAUUGCUGGGGCACCUUAGGGCUUAUGCCGAAUGACACGGACAUUGAGGCACCUCGACUGUUGCCGAACGAAGAAGGCAUGCUCGAAGUGCAGUUCACAGCACCCCACGAGCCCGGCCACUACCAGACCCACUGGAGGAUGUUCAGUCCACAAGGCUACUUUGGGCACCGACUGUGGUGCAAUGUUGUUGUGGACCCUGCUCUCACCCUUGAGCCAAAACAAAAGCACAUGUCCAGUCUUAAGGUUGUUGCUGGAGCAGAUGACGAUUUCAGCCAUGAACCUACUCUCAAGCCAGAGGACUUCGCCACUGGACUCAAAGCGAACAUUGUGUCGCACACUGCAACCCCUUUCAAUACUCCAGCUGCAGUUACUCCUCGCAAAUCACCUGAACCUGAAGAGGUGGAAGAGAGUAAUGUAGCAGCUCUUGGUUCAAACAUGUCAAUCCUGGACAUGCCAAUCCUUCAAGAUACUGAAGAGUCUGCCAGCGUACUCAGCCUGAGCAGCGUGGAGACAGAGGCUGACUUUGAAGUUGUGCCUCUGCCAUCGUGCUUUAAUCUCAACAUCCCAUUCAAUCACCCAGAGCCAAAGCCUGCUGAGGAAAGAAGUGAAUCUGCCCUGCAGAGUGCGGCAACUUCUUGCGAAGUGAUUGCCAAGACUCCCAGAUGCAACUACUGUGGUGCAAUAGAGUACAUUCCUUCAUCUGCUGUUGCACCUCCUCAGGGGUACAGCGAUAAUGAAGGAGAGAAUGCUGGUACUCCUAUCCUCCCUCUGCGGUUCAGAGAUCCUCUGACUGAGUCUGACGCAUCAAACUCAUCAACCGAAACAACCCAGACAAGCACAGCUGACAUCAAAACGCCUUCUGACCACGAUGAGAAGCAAAAUGAAGCCAGUUCGCCUGGCGACAACCCAGAUGCUACGACGUCGGCGACGAAGCCAGCAUUUUCGACUCGAAAGACCUACAAAGUGGAAGCAGUUGGUGACGCACUUCCAGAAGCACUUGUCACUGGAGCCUUAAAUGCUGCAGCCACAGUGUUCAAUACAGCCAAGACAGUCUUCACAGGAAUCCAACAAGAGAAGCAGCGAAUGAGCUCAUCCCAGUGGAUUCCACCGGCACACCUUGCACCUGAGAAUAAGCUCUUUGAGAUGGGCUUCAGGAAUCGGGAGCUCAACUCAGUCCUGCUUAAGAAACAUUCAGGAGACAUCCAGAAAGUCAUUGAAGAACUCAUCAAUGCCACUGUUGAAAGCUGGUCCACUACAACGCCCAUGGAAGGCCCUCCCACAGCACGUCCUUUCAUGUGUUCUUUCGACUAAAUUUAUCUUCAUGCUUUGCACGUCUUCUAUUGGUUUCAUGUUUUCUGCUUUUAUAUUUUUGUGUUACCAAUAGGAGUCUCUAUUUAAACAUUUUUUAUGCCAUCAUACUGCCUGCCUUCACCUUUGUUUAGCUAAAAUUUUAUUAGCAUGAGUAUGCACCGAAUUUUUCACCAUGAGACAUGGAACCUCAAAUCCUGCUCUGCCUGUCAAGAUGAAAAUGUAUACUUUGGAAGUCAUAAAUCCUUCAUAUCCUUCCUUGGCUGUGCAACCACUAGAGUGCUUUUAGCUGUGCUUGAAAAGAAAUCGGACAGCGCUUAUCACCAGAGUUUGUGUCCAGCAAUUUCACAUUCACAUAGAUGUAGUGUGUGUCAGCACUUUUUUUUAUCUCCUUUAAAAGGCGAAAGAAACUUGCUGUUUUAAGUAUUAGACCAUAAUGUUUGUAGCUUGCAGUUGAGUUGCAUUGCCAAAGUGUUUAUUUUUCUCUGAUAUUGUUGUAGAAUGUGGUGCACAUCACUAAGCAUGCACAGCUUUGAACACUUGGAUGCAUCUGCAAUGUUUCUUUGGAGUGUGUACUCUUCUCAGCUUCAUGGUGAAGGCUUACGCGACUGGCAUCAUCCUAUUGUUUCUUUGCCAACAUGUAACAGUCUAGAAAUAAAAACGACCUAACAAGAA